GGGAGCCGAGCCUGUAGUCCGGCGCCAUCUUUGACGCUGGCAGCCUUGGAUUUCUGCUGGUUCUGCUACUGUGAGGACGGCGGGCGGCAGCGGCUAAGAAAGGAGAAAGACGUGGCAGCACGCGGGAGUCGGGGAUAGUGUCAUCGGUUCGGAUCUGUGAAACCCGUAAUGAAGAACACUCCCUAAACUCCCAUAAUCGGUGCGGAUUCCUAUGGGGAAGGCCUAUUUUGUUGACAUCUUCCAGGCCUUGGUUCGGGACCUUGAGAAGGAGGCUGUGGAACUAGUGAUAGCGAUGCUUUUUAGGAUUUGGGGAUAUUCCCUGCCCAAAAAAUUCCUGGAAAAUUGACUAGUAUUAAGUGUGAGUAAAAGGUGUCCACUUUUUUUAAGUUUUGAUUUUAGUUUGUCUUGGAUAGUAUUUGGCAAGAUAUAGCCUAGAAAUUAUGUAGUAUUUAUUACAUAAUCAAAAUUGCUUUGUUACGGGGCUGGUUUCAAAAUUUAGAAUUAAUUUCUAUGUAUCAAAAUAUUGGGUUGUUGGAAAAGUCAUGACGCAUUUUUGCAACAGCUGGCGCUAGUUCAUUUUUGGAAGUACUAGAGUCAUUCGCAUUUGUCUCAUUGCUAUGUCAUUUGACAGCUGACAGUUCUAGCUUCAUUCUAAAAAAAAAAAUAUUUGGUUGAGUUUUGGAGAUUUUACCACAAGUUGAAGAUGGAACAACAAACUGUUCAUUUUCGCCAUAUUUUGCUGUUUUACUUCCGUAAAGGGAAGAAUGCACGUCAAGCUUGUGAAAAGUUGCGUAAAGUUUAUGGUGGCAGUGCUCUACAAGAACGGCAGUGCCAGCGAUGGUUCAUGAAAUUCCGUGCUGGUGAUUUUGAUCUCAAUAUUGCUCCUCGAUCAGGGAGGCCCUCUGAGGUUGAUGACGAUAAAAUAAAGGCAUUGAUCGAGUCAAACCCACAUUACUCGACACGAGAGAUUGCAGAAACCUUGAACAUCCAUCAUUCAAGUGUUCACCACCACCUGAAGAAACUGGGAUACGUAAGGAAGCUCGGUAUUUGGGUUCCCCAUGAACUCAAAGAAGUUCAUUUGACGGCGCGUAUAAACAUCUGUGAUAUGCUCAUUAAACGUGAGGAAAAUGAUCCGUUUUUGAGUAGACUGAUAACUGGUGAUGAGAAGUGGAUCGUUUACAACUACGUGUUGCGCAAAUGGUCUUGGUCCCCAUGUGAUGAUUCCCCACAAACGACAUCAAAAGCAGACAUUCAUCAGAGGAAACUCAUGCUCUCGGUUUGGUGGGAUUUUAAAGGUGUUGUGUUUUACGAGCUCCUACCAAGGAACCAAACAAUCAAUUCGUAUGUGUUCUGUCGGCAAUUGGACAAUUUGAAUGAAUCAAUCAUUCAGAAACGUCCAGAGCUCUUCGAUCGUAAAGGAAUUGUGUUCCAUCACAACAUGAGACCACACACAAGUUUGAUCACCCGUCAGAAAUUAUUGGAGCUUGGAUGGGAUGUGUUGCCACACCCACCAUACUCGCCUGACCUUGCACCGUCAGACUUCCACUUGUUUCGCGCUCUUCAAAACUCUUUGCGUGGUAUAACAUUUGAUUCAGAUGAGGCUGUAAAUCAGCACCUUGUCCAGUUUUUCACCUCUAAAGACAGAUCUUUCUAUGAACGAGGAAUUAUGAAGCUCACUGAAAGAUGGCAAAAGGUUAUCCAACAAAACGGACAAUAUAUCAUUGAUUGACCUUUGUUCUUUAAAUAAAUGACCUUUGGGGAAAAAAAACAAAAAAUACGUCAUGACUUUUCCUACAACCCAGUAGUUUUUUAUUUUUGCUUUUAUUUUUAUUUUUUGGAAUUCUUAAAUGGUAAAUUACCAUUGUGAAAUAAAAUUUAGACUCCAAAAGUUUACCCUUUUGUUAACCGUAGUAAAUGGAUAAUUACACUCUUGAGCUAUAGUUAUCUGUAGUACAGAAUUUGGAACCAGGCUGCAACAGCAAGCCUUUGCAGGGCUGGUAUUGAAUGUUAUGCCAGUGAUGCUGGUGUUGAUAGAGGAAGGAAAAAACUUCCCUUAGGUAGAAGCUCUCUGUGUUUUGACAGUGCCAGUUUGAAAUGGCCAUAAUGCUGCUCUGCUUUCUACAGCUUGCUGCACCACUCUGCAGUUACUCUGUAACUGUAUGUUUCUACAUUUUUUGGUUAAACACUCCCUGAUGGUGGUGAUGAUGAUAUGCAUACAUCCAUAUUAUACACAUUGAUUUGUGUGUAAGGAUAUCCUUUUGUCUUUAUCUUGUGGACGGGGCAAAAUUCAGUGUACAUCAUAAUACUUUGGUAUAAGAGUAAGUUUACUAUUUUUAUAAUGAAUCCAAAUCUAAAGCCUUUUGUAGUGUAUUUUAAAAGGAGAAACUUACCCAGAUAUUUUAUUUCUACACGUUUGUGUACAUGUGUGUAUGUGUGUAUACGCCAGUUAGUGUAUAUGUGUAUUAUAUACAUAAAAUCCUUUAUAUUUUUACAUACAAGUAUGCUUUUAUUAUACAGAUAAUAAAGAUGGGGGAAGGUUUCUGUUUUUUUCUUAAUAGGUGAAGAAAUCUUGAAGACCAGAGGGGGGAUCUUAUUGAAUUUUGGUGGUUUUUUGUUUUUUGUUUUUUGUUUUUUUCUCUUUUAAUUACAUUGUUCGGCUAUGGAAGAUGGAUCAUUGUUUUUUUUUCUUUUUUUUAAAUAACCCUUUGACUCUCAAGUUCAUCUUUAAAUGAACUCUUUUUAUUUUUGUUUUUUGCUUUUGAGGAGAUAACUAACCAUAGCUGUCUCCAGUCUGACAAAGGUUAUUCAAAUGGACUUAAUUUCCCAGUAGAUGGGAGAUGUUUUAAAAACACAUCUUGUGUUUGAAUUGUGGCUGAGAGGUUUCCUUGGCAAUGUGAGGAGGAAAACUCUUUCUGCCUCAUUAUUAUUAAUUCAUGGAUUGAGUGUUGGUUCGACCUACAGGCGUAAUAGAUUGGAACUCAGUGAAGACACAGACGUUCCUGCUGAAAAAAGCAACCAGCUAAUGAUUACAUUUUAAAGACGAUUUCUGUGAUUGUCAUUUGGAAGAUUAAACUCAUUUCAAGAGGUCCUGGAGCUGAUACUCACCGUGAGGAAGCAGUGGCUUAUUUCAGGAAGUCACGUCCGAUCUAAGAAUCUACGCAGCAUGCCUAAUCAAGGAGAAGACUGCUAUUUUUUUUUCUAUUCUACAUGUACCAAAGGUGACAGCUGCCCAUUCCGUCACUGUGAAGCUGCACCAGGAAAUGAAACUGUUUGCACAUUAUGGCAAGAAGGGCGCUGUUUUCGACAGGUGUGCAGGUUUCGGCACAUGGAGAUUGAUAAAAAACGCAGUGAAAUUCCUUGUUACUGGGAAAAUCAGCCAAUGGGAUGUCAAAAACUAAACUGUGCUUUCCAUCACAACAGAGGGCGUUACGUUGAUGGUCUUUUCCUACCUCCAAGCAAAACUGUGUUGCCCACUGUGCCUGAGUCACCAGAAGAGGACGUAAAGGCUAGUCAGCUCACAGUUCAACAGAACAAAUUGUCUGUUCAGUCCAAUCCCUCUCCUCAGUUGCGGAGUGUUAUGAAAGUAGAAAGUUCCGAAAAUGUUCCUAGCCCCACACAUCCACCAGUUGUAAUCAAUGCUGCAGAUGACGAUGAAGAUGAUGAUGAUCAGUUUUCUGAGGAAGGUGAUGAAGCCAAAACACCUACCCUGCAACCAGCUCCGGAGGUUCAUAAUGGAUUACGAGUGACUUCUGCCCGAAAACCUGGGGUCACCUUAAAGCAAGGUGAAUGUUUGAAUUUUGGAAUAAAAACUCUUGAGGAAAUUAAAUCAAAGAAAAUGAAGGAAAAAUCCAAGAAGCAAGGAGAAGGUUCUUCAGGAGUUUCCAGUCAUUUACUCCAACCUCAACCCAUUCCAGGUCCCGAGAAAGAGAAUGUCCGGACGGUGGUGAGGACAGUAACUUUGUCCAGCAAACAAGGAGAAGAACCCUUGGUUAGGUUGAGUCUUACUGAGAGAUUGGGGAAACGAAAACUUACAGUAGGCAGUGACAGCGACCCUCCAUUAAAGCGCAGCCUUGCACAGAGGCUAGGAAAGAAAGUUGAAGCUGCAGAAACUAAUGCUGAGAAAACACCAAAGAAAGCUCCAGUUCCGAAGUCUCUGAGGGAGCGAUUAGGCACAUCAGCUGGUCCAGACUGUGAGGAGGCGGCAGAGAGAGUUAAAGUUGGUGAGAUCCACGUGAAGACAUUAGAAGAAAUUCUUCUUGAAAGAGCCAGUCAAAAACGUGGAGAACUGCAGGCUAACCCCAAGGUAGAAGGGCCUUCAAAAGCUGACGAUUCUACUUCAGGAAUAAGAAGCUCCUCCACUGUCCGAAUCAAAACCUUUUCUGAGGUCCUGGCUGAAAAAAAACAUCGACAACAGGAGGCAGAGCGACAAAAAAGCAAAAGGGAUACAGCUAGCAUCAAGCUAAAGACUGACAGUGAAAUAAAAAAGACAGUCGUUUUGCCACCCAUGACUGCCAGCAAAGGACAGUCAGAGGAGCCUGCAAGUAGAGCGAGGUCUAUGCAGGAUGUGCACAUCAAGACUUUGGAGGAAAUUAAGCUGGAGAAGGCACUGAGGGUGCAGCAGAGCUCUGAGGGUAGCACUAGCUCCCAGCCUCAGCCUGAGGCCACCCCCGGGGCAAGGCGGCUGCUGCGAAUCACCAAAAGAACAGGUAUGAAAGAAGAAAAGAAACUUCAGGAAGAAAGCGAAGUUACUUCCCAGAGCAGUGUUACUAGGACAGAGGCUAAAGAGGCUUCAGAUGAAACCAUAGGAGUUGACAUCACUAAAGCUCAAGUCAAGAGAUGCGAGACUACAAGAGAGAAGCACGUACAGAAACAGCAGGAGAGGGGAACCUCACAGAAGGAAAAAUCAGUCUUGACACCCCUUCGGGGAGAUGUGGCCUCUUGCAAUACCCAGGUGGCAGAGAAGCCAGUGCUCACUGCUGUGCCAGGCAUCACACGGCACCUGACCAAGCGGCUUCCUGUAAAGUCAUCCCAGAAGGUGGAGGUUGAAACCACAGGGAUUGGGGACUCAAUACUGAAUGUGAAAUGUGCAGCACAGGCCUUGGAAAAAAGGGGUAAAGCUAAGCCCAAAGUGAACGUGAAGCCAUCUGUGGUUAAAGUUGUUUCAUCCCCUAAGUCAGCCCCAAAGCGCAAAGCGAUGGAGGUGCACCCUGCAGUCAUCGCAGCCGUGAAGCCGCUCAGCGCCAGCAGCGUCCUGCAGGAAAGCCCAGCCAAGAAAGCAGCCGUGGCUAUUGUCCCACUCCUCUCUGAGGACAGACCAGCCGCUGUGCCUGAGCCAGAAAAACCUAGGGACAGUCUUGUGCUGCCUCCAAUCCAGUCCUCUUCAGAUCCUUCACCCCCUGAAGUAUCUGGCCCUUCUUCCUCCCAAAUGGCCACAAAAACUCGCCGACUCAGCUCAGCCUCAACAGGAAAGCCCCCACUCUCUAUGGAGGAUGACUUUGAAAAGUUAAUAUGGGAGAUUUCAGGAGGCAAAUUAGAAGCUGAAAUUGACCUGGAUCCUGGGAAGGAUGAAGAUGACCUUCUGCUUGAGCUGUCAGAAAUGAUUGAUAGCUGAAGGUGGUAGUGAGAACACUUUAAAAAAAAAAAAAAAAAAGCCAAAAAAACUGGACUUAGUUUCAUCUAUUAUAAUAUUUACCUGAGAUGAUCGUUUCUUUAGUCUAGAAUUUGCUCCGAAUCAGAAGUAUACCUCUGAAUUACCUGUAUGUGUCCUGGAUUCCUUGGGGUCAGAUUUUUAAACUCCCUUGAUAACCAUUUUGUCCAUUCGAUGCCAUUGUUUAGCAUCUUUGAUAAAAAAAAAAAAAAAAAAAAAAGUUCCGUCAUCCCCUUCUCUCCACAGAAAAGAGACUGAGAGGGAGAUGGAAGUGAAAGGAUGCAAGAGAACUCAGUGACUCCUUGAGGUAUCUGUCAGUUUUGGCUUUUGUUGUACUCUUUCUUUUAUGUAUUGUCUUAAUGUACUUGAUGUUACCUGAAUUUGAAAUGGAUGAAGACAGCUGCUACCAUAAAGGACCAAAUUUCAUGCUACCACUAAACAAACCCCACUCAGUCUGUGUCAAAUUGUAUGUCUUUUUAAAAGUAUUUGGAAAUUCAACUAAGCUUUAAAGAGAGCUGAGCAGUCCAGGAAGCCUGUAGUAUGGACAUAACCCUUUGGAACUAAUUUUGAUGCUUCUGCUGCUCUGUAAGCCUCUGAAGAGCAAUAGCUAAUUUAUUAUUACUGUAAU